GUCAUCCCACCCGGAACAAGCAUCACGUUUUUCUGACUGACUACUGUGACCUCAGACUGUCGACGUACCGCUGCACGCCUCUAAGCAUUACAUUCAUUGAAAGACGACAGCAAGUGAUUAGAACACAAUAAACUUGACUGUUGUCUUCGCGUCGCACGCAGCUCAUCCACACACGACAGAGAGGAGCGCGGCUUAGCAGCAGACAUGCCCACAAUCGAGGAGCUCUCCCCGGCCGCGGGCCCGGUGUCUGUCCGACCCCCCGAGGACGAGAUCGACGACGAUGAAGAUGAAGAUUUUGAUGAGACGCUGAUGGAGAGGCUUUGGGGCCUGACAGAGAUGUUUCCUGACACGAUGCGUUCAGCUGCCGAGGUGUCAGCGCAGUGCUCGGUCUCACUGGCCAAGAAGUUUUACAGUUUUUCCCGCUCUGCGCUCUGGAUGGGUACUACCUCCUUCAUGAUCCUGGUGCUGCCUGUGGUGUUUGAGACAGAAAGACUACAGCUGGAGCAGCAGCAGUUACAGCAGCAGAGACAGAUCCUUCUGGGGCCCAACACCGGGAUGUCUGGUGGGAUGCCGGGCAUGAUGCCGCCUGCACCUGGCAAGAUGUGAGGGGCAGGAGGGGCCAACAUGAGCCUGACAUCUGCUGCUAGCGAUACAGCAGGGUCGUUCCACAAGGAGAGACAGAGAGACCAUGGAGAAGAGCAAAGAACUGCAGUAAUUUCAAAAUCAAGCUGUGAAGCUGUGUACGAAUGGCGCAACAUUAGGCUCACUCAAAGUAUUGGGUUGGCUAAUGGAUCGGAGGAGCAGGAGGAGGAUGUAAAGCGUCUCUAACACUCUCUCACUGUCUCUCCUUACUCCAACAUCACGCAGAGACUGAUAUCCUGGAGCACUGCUUCUAUUUUCUGUUUCUUUUCUUUUUUUAAAUAAACUCUUAUAUCAGCAGAAGUAAUGUAGAGGAAAGCUGAAAGGAGAAAAAAAAUCUAGGGGUUAACAAUUGUAUAUCUCGGUGUUUGCAGUCUGAAGAACGUAAAUAUACUUUUGUUGGCACUUCUAACCAUUGUCAUUCCACUUGUAUGUGGAGAAUUGUUUUUUUUUGGUAAAAUAUCAGACCGGUGGGAUUGCUGAAUGAUGGCAAGUGGAGCAAACAAAAUUGAUUGACAGGAAUGUGGUCUACAGAAUGGCCUUUUAACCUUCUACAUCCUAAAUGAUAAUCUUUUCUAUGUGGUACAAUUCUGAUCCAUUGAACUAUGUAUGUCUGUUGUAUGUCAAAGUGCAAUGCCUGUCACUACAAACUAGCCAGUUACUGGUUUUAUUAUAUUAAUCUGGUUUUGUACAAUUGAUAGUAUAAUGCAACAACAACAGAUUCCAUGCGGUUCAAUGACAGAGAUUGUUGUGUCCCUUUCCAUCAAGAGUUUUUAUUUUAAAACCAGCUGCCUGUCAGUUAUUGGACAAACAUGGUUGUGGUGCUUGAUACAAGUUUAAUGCUAAAUGUCUCAAUAUUUCCCAGAAAGUAUUUCAUGUUCUUUUCUCCAUUGUCCUUUAUGUGACAGUUUUCAGUCUGUUGCCUCUGGUCUGUAAAAAAACCCAUUUCUCCGUUUUGUGUUCAACAUGACUGGGGUAAUUAAAACACCAAAUCAAAAGGAAA